AGCUGGGCUUGGUUCCCUUUUCCGUAACAGUUAAAAAUGGAGAUCGCUAGAGGGUGACACCCAGAACUAACUCGAACACAACAUGACGACUUCAGAUGAGGAAUUUCGCUGCAAACUGCCAGUCGGAUAUGCAGGCGAAAUCGUGGCAAUGGUUUCAUACACCACGUUAGCUAUCAUCGGAUCGCUGGGGAACAUCUUUGUGAUUUUUGCCAUCAACCGGACUCCAACUUUGAGGAACGUGUGUGGAAUCUUGAUAGCAAAUGUGGCAGUAGCUGAUCUGAUAGUGACAGCAGUAGUAAUGCCUUUAAUAGUCUUCAUCUUAGUUCAGGGGUUUUUGGAUAAGUGCAUAUAUCAUACUCCACUUUUUAUGGCCUUGAUAAUAGCACUUUUCUCUGCCAGUUCCUCGCUACUGACUCUAACCAACCUGAGUGUGGAUCGCUGCUUUGCCAUCUGUCGUCCGAUGAAACACAAAACAAUCGUAACUGUAACAAAAGUGAAGAUAGUCAUCGCAAAAUCGUGGAUCGAGUCGCUGAUCCUUCCUCUUCUAGAGACAUUCUAUCCCGGAUCAACCUUCGCAAAAUUCCUUCAGACCAUUGGAGUGGUCUGCUGUUAUUCCACCAUAGUCGUAAGCGGUAUUUUAACGAUCAGGAAUGUGCGCGCGAAUUCACGACAAAUAGGAUCACUACACCAGGAUCAAGGGACUUCUCGCCUCGCUGCAGAUUUGAACCAGAGCAACAAACAAGUCGCCAAGACGAUUGCACUCGUCGUGUUCCUCUUCACCUUGUGUUGGAUCCCAAUCGCGUUUAUCAUAAGUAUCGAGAUCGAUGCAGAUAAAAAUGGUGUAAUCUAUUUCUGGUUCGCUACAGUUGGACUCGCCAACUCAACAGUAAACCCGUGGAUUUAUUUUUAUCGACAGCCAAACUACCGUAAAGCGCUCAAAUCUUUACUCGGAUGCAAACGAGACACCUCUAACGUUGUCGUGCAAGUGCAAAAUCGCAGUACAACCCAGAGGAAUAAGUGAGUACGUGAAAGAAAAUGGAGCACCUUGUUUAAACCCUUCAACUUCUACGAUCGUGUUAGCGCUUCUCCCCCCUGGCUUCGAGACAUUUUGUUGUAAAUAAGUUCAGAGAGUGAUAGUUACCUUUAGGUAACUCCUCCUUAGAAAAGAUAAGUUUCGGGACUCUCGAGCGCGUCACCUUUUUGUAAGAUAACAUUUUGAAAGUGUUUGUAGAAGUUAUAAGUUAUUCAAUUUUAAUAAUUUAGAGCCAACAGAAACUGUGACCUGAGGAGACUAAUUCCUAAAUAUUAAUCCAACUGCUGAUACGAAUCAACUUUUGAAAGCUACCUAGAAACUCAGUGGUAAUAUUUGGAUCUAGACGGAUUUGUUUAAACACGGUUUCAAUGACAAUUCAAAAGUUUUAAUAUUUGAUAUUGCCUUAAGAAAAUAAAGCAAUCAGUCUUGCGGAUGUAUUAAACUUCUAACGAAAAUGUGUUUGAGGAGGUGAAAACUUCAUUGGCCGUAGAGAGAUUUCUGUUAAAGAUUGUAAAUAAUUCAUUACCGUUUUUGGGUCACUAUGACUCCUCCACAAUAACCAAAGCCAUAGAGAUCCGAAAAUAAUUGCCUGA